AUGGAUAUCGACCCAGCCGAAGACAGCGGCUUCGAACCAUCAGAUGAAUUGUCUGAUGCUUUUCAGAAUGAUGACACAGGAAGUACUCUACCCAACAAUCACUUCGAGACCAUCGAGGCCCGACGCAGUAGUCCUCUCAAAGUCGAUCAUCUGAACUCUAUGAAAUGGAACAAUCUCAAAGCAGAUUUCAUACCUGCCUAUCUUGACCUCUUCCACGAAGCAGCUCAGAUAGAUCAAUCGGUCCUUCAUCACGACAACUUUGACACCAGCUCAAUCGGCACGGUAACAUGGACUCCGUCCGAGAAGGACAGGUUCUUCCAGGCUCUCGAUCGACAUGGACGCCAUAACCUACCAGCACUUGCGAAAGCCGUGGAAUCGAAAUCGGAGGUAGAGGUGAAGGCCUAUUUGGACGCACUCAAGCAGACCGAAGCCGAUAGGCAACUAUAUUACCGUCAGACUCGGAACAUCUCGCACGCUGAGCUGCCAGCAGCCAUUGCUAUUGGAGAGAAUCUGGAGGAAGUGCUCGAUAGGGCCGCCGUUGCUUUAGCAGCACAUGAGGAGCGCUAUGACUACGCGAGCCGUGGGAACCACGCUGAAUACAUAGUCAACAAGGAUGUCGCCAAGAGAAUUGAUGCAGAGAGCGAGGCGGCCGAAGAUGACGACCAGGAGAAUGACAUUGCAGCAAAGAAGCCUGGCAACGAGCUUUUCAAGCUCGAAAGUUGGAUUGAGUUGAGCACAAAACUGUUCAUGGUAGGCACGCCUGUCAAGCAGGUCAAGUGGCGACAGCAGAGUCACGAUGAUUGGUACUCGUUGGCACAUGGCGAGGAGUCGCCCUCGAUCACCCAAGAUGCAUUGUCUGACUUCAGGGCUCUCGUGCUCAGCUUCGUACAACGCGUCGUGCAAUCGUCCAUCUUCCUUGCCGAGUCUCGGAUCAGAGCAUCUGCCAAUCCGUGGUUCGACCCGCUGCGAAGAGUUAGUCAGGAGGACGUUUGGUCAGCACUUGACAUCGUUGGCUCUCAGCGCAAUAGUAAUACGUUCUGGCUGGAGUGGCCACGGCGGAGUGGCGUCAGGAUAUGGUCAGGUUCACAUCAUAAGGGCGACAGCAGCAAACGCUAUAUCGACCACACCACAGCGCGAGAGAUGUUGUCGCGACCGUCGUAUCGAGGGCGUCACUCGCGCUCUGUUUCGAGAGCCUCGUCAUCAGGAGCGACGGACGACUCGAUGAGCUCGUCAUCGUCGAGCGCUGGGGCCGGGCUCGCAGGUCAGGAGUCAGAUUCGGGCUCUUCAACCGCUGGUGAGAAUCAUCUUACUGAAACAGGCGAGUUGUUCUCUCUGCACGAUGAAGCCGAGACAUCAGAUUCGUUGAGCGCCCUAUCUGAUGAACAGCAACCACAAAGCGACACCGAAGAGCAGGAGGAAGAGGCUCGCCCACGUCGUGCGCCGAAAGCAAGAGCUAUGCUCCCCGGCCAGCGAAAACGUCGGCUCGAUCAUGCCAUGAAGCACUAUAUGGAUGAGAUCGAUGCCCAAGCAACCCGCCAGGAGCAGGAACGGAUCAGGCAACUGCUUGAUCUUCUGGAGGAGAACGAGAUCAAGCAAGAAUCUAACUCUGAGCGACCAGGAAAGAGGCCCAAGGUGCUGCGGAAGACGAUAGAAGAUGUCAAUGGAUGGCAAGGGCCAGCACUGGCCGACUGGGAGGCUUAUGAGUUGCCAGUCGAGUUUUCGAUCAGGAGCGAGAAGGUGGACGGAUGA